ACCCCCCUUUCCUCUGGGGUUCUUUUGCCACCGAUAUUUUCAGCGAACGAGACCCACAGAUCGUUCGCUGAUUCACUGAUCCAGCGAGUAGGGCCUGGGAAUUUCACACGGCGGGACUGGGGAUCUAGUUGACUGGUUACCGAUUCUGUCCACAACCACAGUGCCGAACUCCAUCUCGUUCUGAGUGUUACGCUGCUAGACACUGGGAUGGAAGCCAUGUCGGUCUGUUCGCCGAUCCGUGCUGCCUCGCAGCUUCCCGCCGUGCGAUCCCUUCACGGCGACGCUCUCGGACAAUCCCUAAAAAGCUCCAAUUCCGUCAGCCUACCAAUUCCCAAGGCUCUUUCAGCCGGUCAGAUCCUGCCAGCUGGCACCGGUCCUCAGAAGCUGCAGAUUCAGGCUAAGAUCCUGAAGACUAAGAGAGCACCCAGGGAUCCGGACUACCCGUGGCCCGAUAAGUACAAUGCCGAGGAGAAGGGGUUUCUUGCGUUCCUCUCCAAGUUUAAGGACGUAGCCAAGCCGGCCAAGCCCAUGGCGCUGCCUUUCGAGAAGCCGCUGGUCGAUCUGGAGAAGAAGAUUGACGAGGUGCGCCAGCUGGCGGAUAAGACCGGCAUGGACUUCACGGACCAGGUGCAGGAGCUGCAGGACAAGUACGAGCAGCUGAAGCGCGACAUUUACGAGAGAAUAACUCCGGUUCAGCGGCUCAGCGUGGCGCGUCACCCCAACCGUCCCACCUUCUUGGACCACGUCCUUAACAUGACCGACAAGUGGGUGGAGCUGCAUGGCGACCGCGGGGGUUACGACGACCCGGCGCUGGUGUGCGGGAUCGGGCGCAUGGAGGGCAUGAGCUUCAUGUUCAUGGGGCACCAGAAGGGGCGCAACACCAAGGAGAACAUCUACCGCAACUUCGGCAUGCCCACGCCCAACGGCUACCGCAAGGCGCUGCGCAUGAUGCGCCACGCGGACCACCACGGGCUGCCCAUCAUCACGUUCGUCGACACGCCAGGCGCUUAUGCUGGCGUCACGGCGGAGGAGCUCGGACAGGGCGAGGCGAUCGCGCACAACCUGCGGGAGAUGUUUGGGCUCAAGGUGCCGUCAGUCAGUGUGGUGAUUGGUGAGGGCGGCUCUGGUGGCGCCCUCGCUAUUGGCUGCUGCAACAAGAUGCUCAUGCUCGAAAACGCAGUCUACUUCGUUGCCAGUCCCGAGGCAUGUGCUGCCAUUCUCUGGAAGACUGCAGCUGCUGCUCCCAAGGCCACGGAGGCGCUUCGCAUCACAGCGGAUCAGCUGCAGAAGCUGGGAGUGGUGGACGAGAUCAUCCCGGAGCCCCUUGGAGGGGCGCAUAACGACCACAUGGCCACAUCGCUGGCAAUCAAGUCCGCCAUCAUGGCGCACAUGAAGGAUCUGGUGCAGAAGGACGAGCAGAGGAUUAUCUGUGAGCGCGUGGGCAAGUUCCGGCAGAUGGGCGGCUUCACCGUGCCGCCCAAGGUGGACCCCGCCAGGCAGCGCGCGCUCAAGAAGCGCGACCGCCCCGCUGGCCAAUCCAUCCCCGCCUCCCCCUCCUCCACCCCCUCCUCCACGGCUGCCUCUGGUUCCUCGUCCCUGGGUUCGCCUUCUGACAACGGCAAUGGCGCCACAUACCCGUCGUCGGUUGUGAGCGCGGACGCUGGUUCUAGAAGCUAGAUGCUGGGGGAAAGAAAACGCGGCGCGAAGUGAGAGGGUGGAGUAAUCACACCGGCAAGGUUCUAGUUUGGCGUUCCAUUUCGGUGGGUGCCUGGGAACUAGGCACCUGAAAAUCAGCUUAGUAAAUCAUGCUCUUGGUUACUGAUCUCUAUUUUAUAACACUUCACCUUUUUAGCUUGUAUUGCAUGCAGCAAGUUCUUUAGUAUGUGUUCUUUUGCUUCAGUUGAGAGUGAAUCUGCCCU